UGUAGUUUCUACCUGGCUGCAGUUGCGUGGGGAAGCCCAAAAGAAAAGGAACGGCGUCCUUUUUCAUUGACACCAAGGCUUCAGAUUAAGUGUCCAAGCCAUUUGCAACCAUGGCGAGGUAUAUGGCCAACACUCAAGCUCAGAAAUUCUGGGAAGAGUCUAUAACCAAAGAAGAACUGGCUCGUUUGCAGUGGUUCGCCAAACUCCGAGGACAAUCGACAACAGAAGGUAAAUCGCGCCAGUAUGAGGUGAAUCGUAAGAAAAUCGACAACGCUCCAAAAGUAAACGAAGAUCUCCAAAAGAGACUACCAAAGAUUAAGCCAAGGCAGUACCACAAAAAGAAAGCAGAUUACAGCUUUAAUUAUGCCAAGCUAGCAGCUGAAAACCCCGAUGCCGUUUUAGUCGAAAUGCGCCCAGUUAGUCCAAAAACCAGAGAACUUUUAUACCAAGGUUUCACCAAGGAGGGAAGGGGCAGAUAUCAGUAUUUGAACCAGAGAUACCAUCAAGCCAUCCCAGAAAAGAAAUACUCAUACCCCCUGCUGAGUUCAUGGGAAUAUGGCUGGCGACUAGAGGACGUGAUCAAGAAGGAAGAAAUUAAGAAGCCUCAAUUCGGACGUACGCGUAUCGUCGCAGACACUUUCUAUACUAGGACUGGAAUUCCUACAUUGAGCUCAUACUAACUGUGUUUUUUUCUGCCAGACUCAUACAGGAUUCACACACAAAAACUUGGAUCUAGUGACGAUUUUAUUCAUUGCCACCCAGCAAUUAAUCUUCUCCUGCAUAUGGCGUUUAGCAUUUGUAAACGUUGACGGUGUAAUACGAUAUAUGCAGGUACAGUUAUAGACCAGCUCACAUUGCUCAAGUGCUUGUCUGCUGUUGCUAAUACAUUUUUUUCGGGACCAGGGGGCCAUUUUCAUUGCAAAGGCUCAAUGGGAGAACAUUUUUAUGCUCAGUUUCAUGGGCAUUUUUUGUAUUUAAUUGAGUAUCACUGACCAGACCAAGCUCGUAUUACCUGUUAACAGCUUGGCAGCAUUGACGCUGUGGUUCAUUAUCUGCUGGAACUCAUUCAUCGUGAUUUAAAAGUAUCAAGGCAAUUUUUCUCACUUGACUGUAGGUAAAAUGACUUUUUUCUAUAGACAUUGCACUGUGUGUAUUGUCUUUUAGAUAAUGAGAACAAGGUUGAUUUUGACAUGUAGGUACUUUUUCACUUGUAUAACUUUGGUGGGGAGUGGGGGGUGGGGUGCAUGGCAUUAUAAGUGAUACUUUUGGCACGUUUUUUGACUCAAGUGCCUGUUAAAAAUUCAGAGGUUAGGUUUACAUUUUUAAUAAUAUGCUCCACUAGUUUUACACAAUUAACAUACCGCAAACCACAACCUCAGGUGUCUAAAGAGAAUACAAGACAUAGGCCUGCGACAGGAACCCAUUUUCCCUACAUCCCAAGAAUGUGUUCACAAUGACUGGCUUCAGAAGCCAGACCUGGAUACACAAACAUUACUACUGAAUGGAGCAAUUGUCAGGCUGAUAAACCCACCAGGCAGCACACGCUUUGCUAUUAAAAAUGUAGCAGUAGCCAAUCAGUCAGAAAAUUGGAUGAAAUAUCGAUAAAAUUACUCCUAGUUUCCAUCACACGCUGACAAAAAACACUUAGCCAGGUAACCACGAGAACAUUCAGUUAUAUCAGGUGUCUUUGUAUUCAGUCUUUAGUGCAGUCAAUGGGGUUAAACAAAUCGACAAGCAUUUAUACAGUUAUCAGGGCUGUGUAACACUUACCGAGCUUCUCUUUAUACUGAGUUUUACCAUUGUGGACUGCUUUUGUGUGCCUUUCAUAAAAUCCAUUAAUCGCACGAACAAUCACAGUAAUAGCAUUGAUAAUCAGUCUUAGGGAAGGUGAAAGCAGAUUUCUGUGAUCAAUUUUAUGAGUAUUUAAUUGGUGCCAAUGCAUAAUUCAGAUAAUCAUGGAGUGCAAAAUGCCAUUCUUAUGUAAUCUAUGAUGUCAUAGUUGAAUUAUUAAGAUUUACGUGAACCAACUGGUUUGCAAAUCGAGAUCCUUAUCAAGAUCCGUCCAUUUGUACAUAAAGAAAAGAUUGUAUAUACAUAUAUAUCAUAUUAUAUGUGAUAGAUUUACUACCUAGAAUCUGUAGAACUUCUGCAUAUUUAGAUGUGAUAAUUAUAAAAACUAGAAAAAAUAGUUGCAACCAUUUUUGCCAUUGAGAGUGAUUUAAGAUAUAUGUACUUUAAGCAUUCCAAGGUGUCCAAUGAUCAGUUCAAAUACUGUAUAAAUUUAUAAUUACAUAACUUUUCAGGUGUAAUUUGUCUGUAUUAUUCAGUGCUGAAAUUUCAAUCCUGCACUCCUCACUUCCUUACUGCUUUCUAGUAUUACCGCCAUGUGCAUUGGUACGGAAUACCAGUACUCCGUACUGCAUAUCACGUCCUUGUCUUUUCUUUUCACACAGAUGAAUCAUGAUCUACUGUGAACUAUUGGCAUGGAAAUAAAUCUUUUUUGUGCAAUGA